AUUAGGUCUUCCGUCGGUGAAAACGAUGCGUCGUUCGCCCUCCCUCUCUCGCCAGACAAAUCAGCGUGAUUCUCGCAUUGGAUAAGUCUCGGUGACAGGAUAAAAAAAACGAGCCUCUCUCGUGGCUCCCUCCUUAAUCCCAGAAGCGGAGAUGAAGGAGUGAAGACCUGUUCCUGAUUCUCCAUCGAAAGCAAAGGUACAUACCCGUCCUUCUCCCAAGAUUUCUUCGCCAUCGUUCGAGAAGUGAUAAGAAACCGGAGGAUUUCGUUCCUAAAGGCUCUUGCGAUUCAGAUUAGGUGAUUAUUUUGGUUCUCAAGGGUUAUAUAUGGCUCCAAUCUCGUUGAUUGCUAUCAAUGGAGUUAUGCAUCCUCAUAGUUGUUCUUUAAAAGAUCCGCCAAUACUCUUGUGUGGUCAUGGUUCCAGAUUUAGAGUGCGAGUUGGCAAGCUUUUGCCUCUGGGGAUGAAGCAUAGGGAUCUUUCUUCUUCCUAUUCGCUUUCUUGUUGUUGUUCUCAAUUGGAUUUUUUACUGGGUUUUCGUAAGAAAUCCAGAACUGGGAUGCUGUUUGCUAAGCCAGUUGUUGCGAAGGUUGAUGGAAACAACAAAGAGAGCUAUACCUAUUUGGGAAUGACAGGGAAGCAGAAUUCAAGGAGGCGGUUUUCUCUGAGAUUGCGCCCGAGACUGCGGUUGCUUUCAUAUAGGUUGAAGAGAAUUCCAAUCAGGGAGUUGAUAGGGGAUGCUGCGACCAUGUUGCGCAGGAAUUCGAAGAGGGUUACAUUGUCGGCAGUGGUUUCUUUUGCGCUAGCAGUGUGCUUCUUAUUCUUGAAGUACACAGCAGUGCCUGCCUCAAAGGUUGUUCCAUACUCUGAAUUGAUAUCAAAUCUUCAGAGCGGGCAUGUGUCGACUGUUCUUUUCGAGGAGGGUUCUCGCAGAAUUUACUUUAACAUGCGUAGUGAUAGCUGUGAGAGCUCAAAUUCAAUAGUGGAUGCAUCAUUGUCUAUUGAUGUUGCAUAUGGGAGUACAGCGAGAUCAUCAGAGAGCAUUGUAAGUGGUGGUGGGAGGAGAGCUAGUUUUACUCCAAAGUGGCAGUUCUCUACGAGAAAGAUUGACCAUGAUGAGAACUAUCUUCUUGGCUUGAUGAGAGAGAAAGGAACCAUGUACAGCUCUGCUCCUCAGUCUGUUCUUAUGUCACUGAGGAACAUUUUGAUCACAGUGAUUUCUCUAUGGAUACCAUUGACUCCUCUCAUGUGGUUGCUUUAUCGGCAGCUUUCAGCUGCCCAUAGCCCUGCGAAGAAGCGUCGUCCUAGUAACCAGACGGUUAGUUUUGAUGAUGUGGAGGGUGUUGAUGCAGCUAAGGAUGAGCUUAUGGAGGUUGUUUGUUGCUUACAAGGAUCAAUAAACUAUAACAAGCUUGGAGCAAAAUUACCUAGAGGUGUGCUGCUUGUGGGUCCUCCAGGAACUGGGAAAACAUUACUAGCUCGUGCAGUAGCUGGAGAAGCAGGAGUUCCAUUCUUCUCUGUUUCUGCUAGCGAGUUUGUAGAAUUGUUUGUUGGAAGAGGAGCAGCACGCAUCAGAGACCUUUUUAAUGUGGCAAAAAAAUGUGCACCAUCUAUAGUAUUUAUUGAUGAGCUGGAUGCAGUGGGAGGGAAGCGUGGCAAAAGUUUCAAUGAUGAGCGAGAUCAAACUUUGAACCAGUUGCUGACAGAAAUGGAUGGAUUUGAGUCAGACACCAAAGUGAUUGUCAUUGCAGCAACAAAUAGGCCAGAAGCAUUAGACCCAGCUCUCUGCCGACCUGGUCGGUUCUCAAGGAAAGUUCUUGUUGGAGAACCAGAUCUGGAUGGGCGGAAAAAGAUUCUUUCUGUCCAUCUAAGGGAAAUACCUCUGGAGGAGGAAUCCCAGGUUAUUUGCAACCUUAUUGCAUCUCUCACCCCAGGUUUUGUUGGUGCUGAUCUAGCCAACAUUGUAAAUGAGGCUGCUCUGCUAGCUGCCAGAAGAGGUGGUGAGACUGUGACCCGAGAAGAUAUAAUGGAGGCAAUUGAAAGAGCUAAGUAUGGAAUUAAUGACAAACGAUUGACACCCAGUGCACUAAGUAAGGGUCUUGGUAAAUUGUUUCCAUGGAUGCCUUCUUUAGUGGGAAGGAAUGGAACAGGGGAUGAUGGUUUACAAGGCGUAAUGGGCUACCAGGCUUUAAGCUAAUGGUAAUCAUGUUGAGGAUGUCAGGAAUCCCUAAAUGAGAACCUUGAUGGGCUGGGUAGACGUGAUAUCCAGUACUUUUGAAAGCAUCGAACCGCAUCACCAUAUUUUUGCCUGUCGCUGGGAUCGGUAGAGAUAGAUUUGCACAUGGAGACACAUAAUUAAGUGGCAUCGGGUUCAGCUUCAAUUUUAAGCCCCAUUGGUAUUCUGUGUUGAGCAUCACAUUUUCAGCACUUUCUGUGCAUUUUUGAAGCUCGUGAUUCUAGAUAAGCUCUGGUCCCUAGAGCUUGAUUAGGGAUAUCAUUUGAUUGCAAGAAUCUUAUAUGAUAAGCAGCAUCUUUUAAUCUUUGCUAGCAUGCAAGCUGUUGUUGAUUCAUGAAUAGUCUGGCUGAAGUAAUGGCUAGGUCAGAGCAGAUCAGAGCUAGCUGAUCCAGGAGUCUUCAUGAAAAAUCAGUGUGUUCUGCAGAAAAUGGACAUCAUUGCAAAUGCUUCCUUUCAAGUUUAUCUAAAUAAUAGCAAAAUGAUGGAACAGAUCCAGGAAUAGCUUCAAGAGUAAGUCAUCAUCUUAGAAGUUGAGCAAAAAUUGCUCAGGUAAUAGCAAGAUGAUGGAACAGAUCCAGGAAUAGCUUCAAUAGUAAGUUACCAUCUUAGAACUUGUUAAUGUUUGAUAACUUUUUCUAGAGCAUAGUAUUGGAAUUAUUCAAGUGAUCCAUGACAUUGGGAGCUUAGUAAUCUAAUCAUCGAUGUACUAAGCCUGAUGCUGGGUCAGACGGAAGCAUCAUCCUGAUCAGAAUUGUUGGAACCUUUUAAAAGGGUCAACAGGUUCAGUUUCUAAAACAUAGCUGGUUCUCUGUAUUUUAUUAUCCUCAUGUAAAAGUCUUUAUAGAUUGAAGCUCACCACCUGGAUGUGGAAAUUUAUAUUCUAUGAAUGGGAAGUAUGAAAGUGGGUGCUUCACUUUGGGUCA